AUGCAGGCAUAUCUCCAAUACCGCUCAAUGAGGAAUGAUGUCUGCAGACAACUCGAUGAUCUUCCCGACCGCGCUCGUGCCAGCCUCCGUGAUGGGAUGUUUCGGCCUGAAGUCACCGAUGGUCUCGAUCCAAGCAGUUCCCAAACAUCCUCGUCGCUGUACUCACCACGGCAGGAACCAGUAUCCCAUGGAUUGUCCUCCCCAUUGCCAGGUGUUGAGCUGUUAGAGAAACCUGAUGAUCAUGAAAACCACUGCGAAGUCUUCCUCGUGGGCUGGGACCAUGAUGAAGAUCCCAUGAACCCUCGCAAUUUCACUGUCACUACACGUGUUAUGGCAACGCUCAUCGUAUCUGCCUUAGCUUUCGUGGUCAGUGCCGCGUCAUCCAUUGAGUCUGCUGUCCUACGACAAAACAGUGCCGCCUACAAUGUGAGCGAGGUUGUCGCGUCUCUAGCCACAGGCAUUUUUCUUCUUGGCUUUGCAGCGGGAUCCUUAGUGUCCGGGCCUCUAUCAGAGAUUCUUGGCCGAAAUAUUGUCUAUACUGGCUCUACGUCUCUGUUUAUGGUUUUUAUUAUGGCAUCUGGCCUAGCACCUAAUAUUGGAGCCCAGCUUGCCUUCCGGUUCUUGGCGGGUGUAUUCGGCUGUCCACCACUCACUUGUGCAGGUGGGACCGUCGCUGAUCUAUGGGACCCCCUUGAAAAGACACUGAUAUUCCCACUGUAUGCCAUUCUUUCGUUCGGAGGCGCUGUUCUCAGUCCAGUAAUUGCGUCCUAUUUGGGCCAGGGAACACUCUCGUGGCGCUGGACCAAUUGGAUAGUCCUAAUUAUGGCUGGUCUGGUUUUAGGUCUGGUCGUUCUUUUCCAACCUGAGACUUACAGUCCUCUUCUUCUCAAGUGGAAAGCACAUCAUCUACGGCAGCUGACUGGAGACCCGCGCUAUCAAUCCAAGUUGGACCUUGACCGCACAUCUCUUCUGUCCCGCAUUGUUACAGCUUGUGGUCGACAAUUCUCCCUGGCUAUGUAUGAGCCGAUCAUUCUUUUACUUGCCUUGUAUAUGACGAUCCUGUACAUUGUUCUUUUCACCUUUUUUGACGGAUACACACACAUCUUCAGCGAUGUGCACGAUCUAUCGCAAGGGCUGACAAAUAUAACUUGGGUAGCGAUGUACGUGGGCAUCAUGCUCGCAGGGUUGAUUGUGCCGGGAAUGUACUCAAGCAUGAAGAACGCUCUGAAAGAGGAGAUCCCAUCUAGGGAUGACAAUGGCAACGACAACGGCGCCUCCUCAAACGGACAAUCCCCACCGACAAAGUCCCCCUCAUUUAAUCCAGAGAACAGGCUCUGGUAUGCCAUGAUAGGCGCCCCGGAAAUUCCAAUCAGUCUGUUCUGGAUGGGCUGGACAGACUAUAAAAAUAUAUCUGUUUGGUCUCCUAUCGUUGGAUCGUCUCUGUUCGGCUUCGGUAGCAUCUGUAUGUUUAUCUCCAGUUACAUGUACGUGAUCGACGCGUACGAGAUCUAUGCUGCCUCGGCAUUAGGUUUCAUGACUGUCACCCGCUACUGCGCUGCGGGCGGUAUGACUGUUGCCGGGGUUCCAUUUUAUAAUAAUGUCGGGGUGCAAUGGACUUUGACGAUCUUGGGUAUCAUUAGUGCUGUGAUGGUGCCGGUACCCUAUAUAUUCUGGAAGUUUGGGAAGGUCAUUCGUGGAUGGAGUCGGUAUGCCGUUUGA